AUGUCUCUGAGGAAAGCCUUGCUCUCUCGGAAAUUCUCCAAAUCGUUUAGAGAAUUGAAAUUUCGAGACGAUGAUCAGGCUCGUGGUGGAGACCGCCGAGUCGCGCGCGGCGACUCGGCCGAGUUGGACCGAGUCGCGGACUAUGCCGACUCGUCGUCAUCGUCCUCGUGGUCGACUAUGCUCCCGGAGCUCCUCGGCGAGAUCAUACAGAGAGUGGAGAAUAGCGAGGACAAGUGGCCUAACCGCCAAAACGUCGUCGCUUGCGCCUGUGUCUGCAAGCGGUGGAGGGAUAUUACCAAGCAGAUCGUGCGCUCGCCUUCCUACAGUGGCAAAAUUACCUUCCCUUCUUGCCUUAAACAGCCAGGACCAUGCGAUUUUCCCCAUCAAUGUCUAAUAAAACGAAACAAGAAGACCUCAACAUUUUACCUUUAUCUUGCAUUCACCCCAUAUAAGGGAAAGUUUCUUUUAGCAGCACGAAGAUAUAGGCGUGGCUCUCACACUGAGUAUAUUAUAUCGCUUGAUGCCGAUGACAUAUCCCAAGGAAGCAAUGCUUAUGUGGGAAAACUAAGCUCGGAUUUUCUGGGCACCAAUUUUACAAUCUAUGACAGCCAGCCGCCGCAUACUGGUGCAAAGCCUGCAAGCAGCCGGUCUACCCGCCGUUUCGCAAGCAAGCAAAUAAGCCCCCAAGUUCCAGCAGGCAACUUUGAAGUUGGGCAGGUCUCUUACAAGUUCAACCUUCUAAAAUCAAGAGGUCCAAGGAGGAUGGUCUGCCCGCUUAAUUGCCCACCAUCAGGUGAAACUGCAAUUGGUAAACCUUUGGAAAAAUCCAAGAUGAAGAAACCAGAAUCUACCAGUUCUGGCUACACCAUCUUGAGGAAUAAAGCUCCAAGAUGGCAUGAUCAGUUGCAGUGCUGGUGUUUGAAUUUCCAUGGUCGGGUCACAGUAGCAUCAGUGAAGAACUUUCAACUGGUUGCGACAAUGGACCCAAGCCAGCCAGGGGGGAAAGGAGACGAGGAAACGGUUCUUCAGUUUGGAAAAGUGGGUGAUGAUACGUUCACGAUGGAUUAUAGGCAGCCCUUGUCAGCCUUCCAGGCAUUUGCUAUUUGCCUUACCAGCUUUGGCACAAAACUGGCUUGUGAGUAA